UGAGGCAUAAACAUAACCUUGUAGAUAUGUGCAUAGAAGUAUAGAAGUGGAGCUUCAAAAUUCGUAACAACAUUGUUCUGAAAGUAAAGUUAUUGAGUCUAUAAAUUAGUACACAUUAUGGAUUUAAAUAGAAAGCUCUCUUCCCUACAAGAAAUAUCCAAAGCACAAUUAUCAAAAAUUCUAAGCAUUGUGACCGCAACAAAAUAUGUAGUGUUAGAGCCAAGCAUAAUUCGUCCUCUCGAGAGAGUAUGCGGUGUCAAAUGGUUAAAGAGUAAUGGUGUGGAGAAAAUCUUUAAAUUAGAGCCAACCUGCCCAAGUUUUGAGAAUAGUUCAGUUUUCUACAUGAUUUUUAGUAAUUUGGCCAAAUUUCGACAAGUAGUUGACCAGAUUCAUUCUCAAAUCAGUCAAGACAAUCCACCAAAGAACAAGUAUCACAUAAUUGUUGUUCCACGCUACUUAAAUUAUUUUCAAGAUGAAUUAGAAGAACUUGGUCUUUAUUCGGUAAUAAAAUUGCAUUCAUUCCAAUGGUUCCCUUUACAUUUAGAUACUGGCAUUCUAAGCUUAGAAUUGCCCAAUAUUUAUAAAAGUCUGUUUUUGCAACUUGAUUAUACAUUCUUACCACUUUUGUCAAGGGCAUUAUGGAAUUUAUUUUUUGUAAUUGGGAAACCGCGUUUCAUUGUAGCUUUAGGGGAAUAUUCUAAUAAGAUUUUAUCUCAGGUAGAUAUUUUAAUAGAAGAUAAAGGUGACUGUGAUAAAUUAGAUUCAGAUAUAGGAGGCAUUGUGCUUAUUGAUCGGAACUUUGAUUAUCCUAGUGCCUUGUUAACACCAGGUACUUAUGCAGCUUUAUUGAAUGAAGUAUAUGGUGUCACUUGUGGUAUUUGUGAGUACAAAGAAGAAAGUGUGGAUGAAAAAAAGGAGGAUCGCCUUCAUCCAGUUAUUAAAAAACAACCCGUCAAUUUCAUGCUGGACAGCAAUCAAGAUUUGGUAUAUGCAGACAUUAAAAACCGUUAUUUUACUGAAGUUACCUCCGUUUUAAGUACUUUAACAAAACAAUUAAAAACUGAAAAAGUUCAGUCUAAAGAAAUGGCCUUAGAUGAGAUAAAAAGUUAUGUCCAGAAUAAGUUACAAGCAACAAAGUCGCGAAAAAAAUGUAUCACGAAUCAUCUACUAGCAGCGGAAACAAUAAUCAAUGUCCUUGGAUCACGAUAUGAAACUCAGCAAGAAGUUGAAUCAGAUAUUAUUAAAAAUACAAAUAAAAGUACAAAUUUCAGUUAUGCUGAAGAGGGUUUAUGUGUGGAAGAUGACGCAUGUGUGACUUUGAGACUGUUUUGUUUACUUUGUGUCACACAAAAACUUAGUGAAAGUGAAGUUAAAAGUUUUUGGAGAAAAUUUGUCCACCAAUUCGGUUUUUCGUGUAGUUUUGCACAUAGGUACCUGAUCAAUGCGGGUUUUAUUCCAGAACCAAUAGUCGCUAGUAGCAGUCUAAAUCUACAAAGUAAAAUUCGACUGCCGAAAUUCAUCUCAAACGAAUUUUACAGCAACGCGAAUCGGUUCAAACAAAUACCUCCAAACCCUGAAAAAAUUAAUUUGAAGUUUCCCACUUGUGCUAGUUAUGUUUUUGGAGGUAUUUAUAUUCCACUAAUUACGCAGAUUGCGAGUAUGAUAUUAAAUGCGACACCAAUUGACGAGAUUAAAUCAAAGCUGGGUGGUUUAGGGCUAAUGACUAUAAGAAAUGACAUGGGAUUUCCCUUACAAAGGAGAUCGUUGCUAAUUUUUAUGGUUGGUGGAGUUACGUAUGCGGAAAUUGCUGCUUGUAAUUUAUUAGAAACUCUGACGGGCGCUAAGAUUGUAAUUUUGAGCGACAAGAUUAUUAAUGGUAAUAACCUUAUGAAAGAAAUUCUAUCCUAAUAUUUUUGUUCUCUUUUCAUUGUAAUGACACAGUUUUAGUUUCAACAUACAUAGUUUUCUAACAGAAUUUAUGAGGGCUUCAUAAUAAUAUUAAUUUAUUAAAAUUAAAAUAGCUCGUGAAGGUGGUUGUCCUUUUCCUAAACAGGACUCAGAAGUGGAACUUACGAGUCCAUUUCUUAAUGUAUCUUGUGAUGAACAUCAUUUUAAUAUACUGUUGACAAUUUAUAAAUAAAUAUUUUGAGAACCCAUUAUGUUUAAACAAUAAAAUGUGAUUUUAUUUAUUAA